AUUGACAAAUUUACCCGAACAACCACAACACACCUGCAAUGAAAAAUAAGCGUAGAGCAGAGAUAAAGCCAUUUCUUUUUUUAGAGCAGCGAAAGAAAUCAAAGAACAACUGCAUGAAAAAAUGUUAAGCACAGGGUAGAGCUGAGAUAACGAUAAUUUGUUGUUUUCGUCAUCGCCAUAAAGUGACGGGUACUGUGCGUUAAUAAUUUAGAUGCCCUUUCCCUAGCAUAUUUAUUCUCCCCUGAGUUGAAUGUAUAACUACAGCGAGAACACAGGGCCGUAGAAGUUAGGGGUAGGUUUUUGGAUCAGCUUCGAUCAUGUGGGCUUCUAUUUUUAAGGUGACAUCCCUUCUGAUCUUAUGCAAUUCAGAGUCCACAAAUGGCAGCCUUGCAUCGAAUGUGGCUUUGGGAAAACCGGCCGUUCAGUCAAGUUUUUUAUCGAGCAAUGGCCUUGCCGAACAUGCCGUGGAUGGCGACAGAAGUGGCAGAUUCGCUGACCUAUCGUGCACCGAGACAAAAGUGCAAUCGAACCCUUGGUGGAGGGUUGACUUACAAAAAAGCUACGUAAUUCUACGUCUGUUUAUUGUGAACAGGGCCGAUUGUUGUGGCGACAGGCUCGACAAUUUUGAGAUUCGCAUCGGAGAUAGCCUGGAGAAUAAUGGUACCGACAACCCUAGUUGUGGGUCAUCAUACAUCAUCCCGCAAGGGGGGAGCAAGUCCAUCUCCUGCCACACCCUACUCAAGGGUCGGUACGUCAAUAUCUGGAUCCCCGGGUCCAACAGGAGGCUGACUUUGUGUGAAGUAGAGGUGUAUCCAUUCAUUGAAGCGGACCAUUUCGACAAACUCUACUCAAACCUCGCCGGUCACGCACUCACUCGCCACAUCAUCACUGCAUUGGACAGCGGCGUGUCUGUGUGGUCAUGCGCAGUGCAGUGUAAUGCUUAUCCUGGCUGCGUCUCCUUCAACUAUGACGUCACUUCAGGGGUUUGUCAGCUGAGCAAUGCGGUAAAAGCCGAUCAAGCGAGCGACCUCGUCCCAAGCAUCUCAUUUGUGUACCAUGAGCGAGUUCAAUCCCAAGCGAUUUCAGCGAAAGAUACCCUUUAAAAGAAGGCGCCGAAUGGCCACCACCCUUUUCAAUCAAUGUACUUUCAACUCACGCAAAGGCUUGCCUAUAGACAAUCUGCGUCUUGGAUUCCGUCAGUCGAACGAUUUGAAAGUGAUGUAUUGGUCAUCACUUAGAAGUCGAUUACCUCCACACAAUCCGCUGGCCAAUGAAUUUUCAAAAGACUGGGCGCCAGAAGGCGCGGCCGGGUUAUUCUCUACUUGCAGAGGUUUCUGAAAUGUUAUUAUUUGUAUGGCGCACUCAAACAUUGUGAGUCAUGAUCCAAUGACUGACUUUACUCGUUAGGUGUAGAUACUAAACGAACAAAACAAGAAAGAUAUUUCGCAUUCGAUGAAUCGCUGUAUAAUAUUGCCUAUAGCCACACACACCGCAAUUGUAAA